GGUGCUUUCUAACAUGAACAAGUCUGUUUGAGACUAAUAAUCUGCUUUAUUUACAGUCUGAUUGAACCUCGUGAGAAGUCUCACAGUGGCUCAGUGCAAUCAGCCCUUUGCUCCGGAUCGAGCGGCUCCGUGCAGUCUCAGGAAACUCUCUGAACAUGAACACCCUCGCUGUUGUGUUCCUGUGUGUGCUGAUCUUUCGCGGAUCCGGAGGCGUGUUUCUUGAUAAAGAUGGCGCGAGCUCGCUUCUGCAGCGCGUCAGACGCGCGAACUCCGGGUUUCUUGAGGAGAUGAAGCGCGGGAAUCUGGAGCGCGAGUGCAUCGAAGAAAUCUGCGACUAUGAGGAAGCGCGCGAAGUGUUCGAGGACGACACGAAGACGAAACAGUUUUGGUUGAGUUACUCCGAUAAGGAGCCCUGCUUGACCAAUCCAUGCAAGAACAAUGGCACAUGCAUCUAUCUGGCCAACACCUACUACUGCCUGUGUCUGGAGGGCUUCGAGGGCAAAUACUGUGAGAAGGGGUUUGAGGAGACGCUAAAGUGUCAGUAUGUGAACGGAGGCUGCGAACAGUUCUGCGAUGCUUCUGAACCCAGACGCAAAUGCAGCUGCGCCGCAGGAUACGCACUAGGGGCUGAUGGGAUUUCUUGUGUUGCUGAAGUCGAAUAUCCGUGUGGAAAGGUUCCACUUCAGAGAAACACUGUUGAUUCUCAAAAACAGAUUGUGGGUGGAAUUCACUGUCCCAGAGGUCACUGUCCUUGGCAGGUGUUGAUAGAUUAUGAUGGUGAGGGUCUGUGUGGAGCGGCUCUUCUGGACGAUAACUGGGUCGUAACCGCUGCUCACUGCGUUCAUCAGAAGGACAUGAAGCGUUUGAAGGUUAUCACAGGUGAUCAUGACCUGGAUGUGAUGGAUGGCUCAGAGGAGGCGUAUGAUGUUGCUCGUGUGGUCAUCCAUGAGAACUACGACCCCGUGUCACUGGAUAGCAACUUGGCCCUCCUACAGCUGCGUGGAGAACCCAAGCGCUCCGCAUACGCCGUGCCCGUUUGCCUACCGACGCCACAGCUGGCACAAAACGAGCUUGCGUUCGUCCGCUUCCACACGCUCAGCGGAUGGAGCAAGCGAACCGCAGGGGACAACAUCCACCGCUCCAAAGGUCUUGAAGCCCCUUCAUCAUCCACACUGCAGCGGCUAGCCGUCCCUCUGAUGCCCACAGCGCAUUGUGCAGAGAAGAGCGGCGUCAACAUCACGGCUAACAUGUUCUGUGCGGGUUACGCCGAGGGCAGCCAGGAGUCCUGCAGAGGACAUGACGGCAGUCCGCUGGUCACCCGCUACGAGGGAACGUCCUUCCUGACGGGCGUCGUGUCGUGGGGUAAAGGCUGCGAUCAGCCGGGGUACUAUGGGAUUUACACCAAAGUGGCCAAUUUCUUGAAAUGGCUUGAGGUGGUCAUGAACACCCCUGCAUCUCCAGCUGAGCCGACUGCUCGUGAUUAAUGUCUGUCAUGAGCUUUGAAAUAAAACCCUCACUCUGA